AAAGAAAUAGUCGAAUAAACUCGUUAUUUUUGUUUGUUUUUUCGCACAAAAAGUAUUCGCUAAAUGUGCAUAUCAAUUACUAUAAACUAUAAAUGUACUCCCUACAUGUUCCCUAUGGUAUUAGACACUUAUAUAAAUCGUUCAAACAUAUUACAGCCCACUUUCUUACCUGUUAAAAGGGAAAUAGAAAGAUAUGACACGGACACGAUGUGGCUUCAGUCAAGUCCAAUGUUGUAAUGGACGAAUGUAAGCCGCGCGUUCCGUACACAGGCUGAACAAGGCAUAAGCAAUGGACUAUGUGCACGUUAGCAUAUGCUAGUUCCGGCUGCGAAACCGAUAUGGGGUGUCUAGUUUCCGGUAGCCUGAUGGACGACGUAGAAGAUUUAAAUUUCUCCAGAUGUCUUGGACAUUUGCCAGAUAUUACAGUCGAUGAUGUCCAUCGACUGGUUAGUGAUUUUUCUCCAGCUCCCCAGAGCAAGAGAGAGAAGGGGUUUAAAUAUUACAUCUCUCAGUAUUUGCAUAAUUUUGAAGGUAAGUCACAACAACAUCCAUGUUACAUGCUCAAGCUAUGCUAUGUGGUAACUGCUAUGUUAUCUCUCUAUAUAUAUAUAUCCUGGUUAAAGGGUAUAAUAAUAAUAAAUAAUUAGUACCCUAAAAACUUCCGUCUAGUUGUCAUGGAUACGCAACCAUGGGUGCGGUGACAAAAAAGCAGAUGUGAAAUAUCGUUUACUUUUUCAAAAUGCAGCAGAGCCUGGCUCCACCCAAAUAUGUGUGAAAAGUCUGUUGAUUGACUUGACUAUGAACAAACGAACAUAGUUUUAGAUAAAUGUAUUUAGAUAGCUAAGCUUUAGAUAGCUUGACAACAAUAUGUUCCUAUAAGUUGCUAAUUAUUAUACUUACCAACUAACUUGCAUGUUAUUCUAUUGAUAACUUGCUAUUACUGUUAUUUUUCUGCAGUGUCUGAGAAAGAUCAGGUCUCAGGAGAGGUGGUGGUCAGGGCAGAGUGCUUCAGGUCCAUGAGGAAAGCUGAGAAACCUCAUAAGCUCAGAGUAUGGUUACAGUCAGCAGCAGUGUGAAAUUGUUCAGUGUACAAAUACUAGUAGGCCUAAUGUUGGGUAGGGUAUUGUUAGACUGUAAGGUAUUGAUGGACGUAGGGUAUUAUAAUUUUUUCUAGGAUCAUGUCAGGCUGUUGUUAUGUUAAGGGGGUGUUCAGACAGGCUUUUUUUUCAUUUUAUUUUAUUUUUUUAGAAAUGAGUAAUACUGUCAAUGGAUAUGCAUUGUUUACAUUAAAUACAUUGUUAUGUUUUACUUAAUAGGUUGUCCUAAAAGAUUUGCAGCCUGUGCAACUACUGCACUUCUGCUGCACCUGCAAGGCUGGGAAAGCUUUAUGCAACCAUUGUGUAGCUCUUCUGUUUCAAUCUGCACAUUAUUCACAAUUGAAACUCCAAGUUGUUCCCCCAAUAUUAAGUUGCACUGAAGGUGAACAACAGUGGCAUAAGCCUAGAGUUAUGGGGAUAAAGCCGGGCCCUGUUGACAAGAUGGCUGUGAUCUCAGCCAAACCGAAAACAAGAAAGACCGCAGAGGGAGUGCGGAAUAAACUGUACAAAGGCCUUCAUGGGGAACUUCCUGACCUCUCAGUUCUUCGGGUGUCUGAGGUGUUCAAUAAUUUUGCUGAUGCUGACCUCCCUAUGAUCUGCAGCAUGGGAAUAAGUGAGGAUAUCCCACUUGUGGACUCACUGUUCGGCAAGGUGCAACAUGGAAGUCCCCUUUCUUAUCAGCAACCUGCCAAAGAGAAAGCAAAGGCUUUUCAUGAUGCUCCACCUCCCCCAUCAUUGCCACUGCAAGGCUACAGACUUGAACCAUCAGAGUGCAUGUUCGUCUGUUCCAGGAAGCAACAGCUGCACAUGAAAAGUCUUGAGGCUACCCUGGAAUUGGCCCAGAAGAUUGAAUGUGCUACGCGAGAGCAGAGUUUGUGUGCCGAUUGGUACAAUGUACGGAAACCCCGGGUGACUGCAUCUCGUUUUAGAGAGAUCUGCCAUGUGGGCAAGGCCUCUGAAGAGGGACUUGCUGAACGCAUUCUUAGAGGUACUCAUCAGACAGGGCCUAUGAAAAGGGGUUUGGAGUUGGAGGCAGAUGCGAUCUGGGAAUAUUGCCAGAUAAAACGUGUGAACCACUACAAAUGUGGGUUUGUGGUACAACCGGAUGCACCAUGGAUUGGUGCCUCACCAGAUGGGGUUGUUUUUGACCCCUUGGAGCAGCCUCAGUUUGGCCUUGUGGAAAUAAAAUGUCCAAACAUUCCAAAUUAUGUAGACGCACCUUAUCUCAAGGUCAUCAAUGGCUCAUUGCAGCUCAAACCAACUCAUGCCUAUUAUUGGCAAGUUCAGGGACAGCUACUUGUCACCGGUAUGAGUUGGUGCGAGUAUGUCGUCUCCGCUCAAGAUGAUGUUUUCAUACAAAGAAUACAGAGGGAUGAGAGUAUGAUGGAAAAAAUGAAGCGUGGGAUAGAUAAGUUCUACUUUCAUGUGUACAUGGACAAAUACCUGGCAGUGGCGUAAAUUGGUUGCUUGUCAUGCACAUUUUUACAGAAGACUCCUUUAAAUCUGUUAUUAUCUUGCAUAAUUACCUUGAUCAUUUCUCAUAUAAAUGUUCAUUUGUGCCUUUGUAUGCAUUGUUAUUGAAGGGCAGUGACACUUUCAUGUUAACCAUUUAUGAAAUUGAAGUUUGUCAAAUACAGAUCACUUGA